GCAGCAUGGCGGCGCCCGGCGUGGCGCCGGUUCGAGCCCGGUUCCUCACCUCCAAGGAGCAGUUCCACGCCUACCUGCGGGCAGGGGGCGAGGAGGAGGAGGAGGAAAAGGAGAAGGAGGAAGAGGAGCAGGUCAGCAGCGCCCAGAGUGAGCCCCCGGCCAAGAGGGUGAAGGCAGAGGAGCUCGGGCAGGAUGGGGAAAGCCGAGGGAAUGCUGGAGAGGAGGAGAAGGAGCGCCCGGAGAAGAAGAGAGCCCGGGGGCAGAACAAGAGCCGCCCCUGCAUGAAACCCAGCUGCUACGAGCAGAGCAGGCUGUGCCCCUCGGUGACACAGGGCUGUGGCGGGCAGUGCCACUUCGGGCCGCGCUGCCGCUUCCUGCACGACGUGUCCCAGUACCUGGCGGCCAAGCCGGCGGAUCUGGGCCAGCGCUGCGUCCUCUUCGACACCUUCGGCCGCUGCCCCUACGGCCUCACCUGCCGAUUUGGCCAGUCCCACCUCGGGGAUGGCCACCAGAACCUGGUGAACGCUGCCCUGGCCCGGCAGUGGGAAGGGAGGCUGCUGGUCAGGAACAGCCUCUCCAAGGAGCUCCAGCAGCAGCUGCGCAAGAGGAAGUUCAGCUUCCACAAGGCCGAGGAGUUUCUGCGUGGGCUCCGUGGUGGGAAGGGAGGCAAAGCCAAGGGGGGCUCCACAGAGGGGGGCUCCAACUGCACUGCACCCCAGGAGAGCCUGGGAGAACUGCAGGAGCAGGGAGAAGAUCCCAAACCUGAGGCCCUGCCAAAUUCCCAAGGGGCUGAGAGUGAUCCCAAACCUGAGGCCCUGCCAAAUUCCCAAGGGGCUGAGGAUGAUCCCAAACCUGAGGCCCUGCAGAGCUCCAGAGGGGCUGAGGAUGAUCCCAAACCUGAGGCCCUGCAGAGCUCCCAAAGGGCUGAGAGUGAUCCCAAACCUGAGGCCCUGCCAAAUUCCCAAGGGGCUGAGGAUGAUCCCAAACCUGAGGCCCUGCAGAGCUCCAGAGGGGCUGAGGAUGAUCCCAAACCUGAGGCCCUGCAGAGCUCCCAAAGGGCUGAGAGUGAUCCCAAACCUGAGGCCCUGCCAAAUUCCCAAGGGGCUGAGGAUGAUCCCAAACCUGAGGCCCUGCAGAGCUCCAGAGGGGCUGAGGAUGAUCCCAAACCUGAGGCCCUGCAGAGCUCCCAAAGGGCUGAGAGUGAUCCCAAACCUGAGGCCCUGCCAAAUUCCCAAGGGGCUGAGGAUGAUCCCAAACCUGAGGCCCUGCAGAGCUCCAGAGGGGCUGAGGAUGAUCCCAAACCUGAGGCCCUGCAGAGCUCCCAAAGGGCUGAGAGUGAUCCCAAACCUGAGGCCCUGCCAAAUUCCCAAGGGGCUGAGGAUGAUCCCAAACCUGAGGCCCUGCAGAGCUCCAGAGGGGCUGAGGAUGAUCCCAAACCUGAGGCCCUGCAGAGCUCCCAAAGGGCUGAGAGUGAUCCCAAACCUGAGGCCCUGCCAAAUUCCCGAGGGGCUGAGGGUGCUCCCUCCAUCCCAACCCUGGGCCCACUGACAGAUGAAGACAUCACGAAGCUGCGGCCGUGUGAGAAGAAGAAGCUGGACAUCCAAGGCAAGCUCUACCUGGCUCCUCUGACCACGUGUGGAAACCUCCCUUUCCGACGGAUCUGCAAACGUUUUGGGGCAGAUGUCACCUGUGGGGAGAUGGCUGUGUGCACCAACCUGCUCCAGGGCCAGUCCUCCGAGUGGGCUCUGCUCAAGCGCCACCACACCGAGGACAUCUUCGGGGUGCAGCUGGAGGGAGCCUUUCCAGACACCAUGACCAAGUGUGCAGAGCUCCUCAACAGGACGAUCAACGUGGAUUUUGUUGACAUCAACGUCGGGUGUCCCAUUGACCUGGUCUACAAGAAGGGAGGAGGCUGUGCUCUGAUGACUCGCUCCAACAAGUUUGAGCAGAUCGUCCGCGGGAUGAACUCGGUGCUGGAUGUCCCGCUGACAGUGAAGAUCCGCACUGGGGUGCAGGAAAAGGUGAACGUGGCUCACAAAAUCAUCCCCAGGAUCCGGGAGUGGGGAGCGUCCAUGGUGACGCUGCACGGGAGGUCCCGGGAGCAGAGGUACACGCGGAGCGCAGACUGGGAUUACAUCGCCGAGUGCGCGCGCCUCGCCCGCCCCAUGCCGCUCUUCGGAAACGGGGAUAUUUUGUCCUAUGAAGAUGCAAAUCGAGCCAUGCAGAUGGGAGUUUCUGGAAUCAUGAUUGCAAGAGGGGCUCUCAUCAAGCCCUGGCUUUUCAUGGAAAUCAAGGAGCAGAGACACUGGGAUAUCUCCUCCAGAGAGAGGUUUGACAUCCUCAAGGACUUCACCAACUACGGCCUGGAGCACUGGGGCUCAGACACUCAGGGCGUGGAGAAAACCAGGAAAUUCCUGCUGGAAUGGCUCUCCUUCCUGUGCAGGUACAUUCCAGUUGGAUUAUUGGAACAUCUACCUCAGAGAAUCAACGAGCGGCCGCCCUAUUACCUGGGCAGGGACUACCUGGAGACCCUCAUGGCCAGCCAGAACGUGGAUGAUUGGAUCAAAAUAAGUCAGCUGCUCCUGGGCCCUGUCCCGCCCAGCUUCACCUUCCUGCCAAAGCACAAGGCCAAUUCCUACAGGUAGGGCUGGCCAGGCCCUGUCCUGCAUCAGGAGGAGUUUGGAUGGGCUGGGAGCAGGAGCAGGGCUCCUCUGCUGCUCUGGCAGCUGGAAUAAAGCUGAUGGUUUUAGAAGCUGUUCACAGCCAGAGCUGUCCCAGCUGCCCCACGUCACCGAGAACGUUCCCACCAGGAUGUCCUUGGGAGUGACAAACUCCCAGGGCAAGGAGCAGCAACAUCCAAAACCCCACAACCGAAAUGACACAGAUUUGAUGUUCAAGCUCCAAAGAGAAGCUUCUCAAAGAAUUCUGAAGGUUCUGGGGACAGCCUGGAGCGUCUCAGCAGCAUCCCCUCACCUGGGGGACCCCAGUGGCACCAGCAGAGUGGGGAGAGCAGUGAUCCCAGCGCUGCGGGCAUCCAUCACAGCCACCCCCACAGGGAUAUCGCCAGGCAACGACAGCUCCCCAGAACCGAGGUGUCAGGGACGGGGCAGGGCUGGGGCACCGCGGGGAUCCCCUGGACCAUCCCCAUCUCGCCCCACCACGAGCCCCCGGGCGAGCUGCUGCCUCGGUAGCUGUCAUGGCGCC